AUGGCCGCCGCAAGGAUGGACUGGAAGAUUAGAUUGUACGCGAUAGUGUGGCUACUGACGGUAUCAACGAUCCAGUGUCAGGCGACGGUUCACGAGAACGGCGAGGGGGAUGGUAACGCGGAGGAGUCGGUAAUGGACGAGACGACCGAGGAUUAUUGGGCCGGAAGUGGAUCUGGUCCCGAGGAGGACGACUCGCUUCACAACGAAACCAGAGAAGCGUUAACACACGAGGCCAGCGACCACGACGCUGUGGUGUACGUUGGAGAGGGAGCAGCGUACGUACCGGUACCAUCGCUGAAAGGAAGACCUCUAAGUCCGAAUCUUCAAGCUCUACAGACGCUUCAGGGUCUGCAGGGUAUAGCUGCGAACGGAGGAACGGGCGUGGUCGGGGAUGAAGAUUGGAAGAGGCAUCCGGAGACUUGGGAUCGGGAGCAUAGGAGAUACAGGCCUAACACUACUCGAGUUCAACACAUCGAGGCGGAGUGCCAGGACGACUACAUGAAGAUCAGGAUCGGUUUCAACGGUUCGUUCACCGGGCUGCUCUACUCAGCGGGCUACUCCUACGACCCGGACUGCAUGUACGUGAACGGGACAGGCCGCGACUACUACGAGUUCUACAUUCAGCUGAAUCGUUGCGGCACCCUUGGCGAGAACACUCAUCAUCAGGACAGCCGAAAGAAUCCUACGAAAAACCUGAUGUGGAACACGGUCACGGUGCAGUACAACCCGCUGAUCGAGGAGGAGUUCGACGAGCACUUUAAAGUGACUUGCGAGUACGGCUACGAUUUCUGGAAGACCGUCACUUUUCCGUUUCUCGACGUCGAAGUCGCGACGGGAAAUCCCGUAGUGUUCACCCUGCAGCCACCGGAGUGCUACAUGGAAAUCAGAUACGGUUACGGGACCACUGGAACUAGAGUGGCUGGACCAGUUCGCGUCGGCGAUCCCCUGACUCUCAUUAUCUACAUGCGCAGCAAAUACGAUGGUUUCGACAUCGUCGUGAACGACUGCUACGCGCACAACGGCGGAAAUAAGAGGAUUCAGCUGAUCGAUCAGUACGGAUGCCCCGUCGAUGAUAAAUUGAUCAGCAGAUUCCGUGGAUCCUGGUCGGAGAGCGGUCUCUUUGAGACGCAAGUGUUCGCUUACAUGAAGACGUUCAGGUUCACCGGUUCGCCGGCUUUGUACAUCGAGUGUGAUGUGAGAAUGUGCCACGGAAGAUGUCCGAGCCAACCGUGUCAUUGGAGAAACGCCAAGAACGUGGCGAAACGUUCGUUGCCAGAAAUCGGCGGCCCUUCGACACCAGCGACGAGCUUGUCGGAGAACGUCAACCUCUUCCAAUCGUUACGCGUUUUACAAGAGGGUGAAGCCGACACGGAAUUCUUCCAGAAUUCAACUACAGCCUUCAGAAGUGGACCCAGUGAACCAACGAACGACAGAGUGUGCCUCAGAUCGUCGAUUCUCAGCACGGUGAUAGGCGUGGGUUGCGGUUUCCUCUGCAUAAUGGCAGGAACGAUAUUGGCCAUGUGCUCGCGAAUGCGACGACAGGCCAGGGAAAAGCUGCUCUCCGACAGCAUAAGCUACAUGACACACAAGGGUAGAAUCAACUAAA